AUGGAAGAUGAACUAAAGCUAUUGAUCAGAACGUCGAGUCCGUACAUUCUAAGAAUAGUAUGGGCAUUGAAAUUGAAAGGGUUAGAAUAUGACACCGUUUAUGAUGAUCAAGAUCUGAACAACAAUACUCCGAUCCACAAGAAUGUUCCUGUACUGCUGCUUCAUGAUGGAAAAUCGAUCGUUGAACCGCUCAUCAUCCUUGAAUACAUCGAUGAAAUUUGGAACCAAAAUCCAUUGCUUUCUCAAGAUCCUUACGAGAAAGCCGUUGCUCGCUUCUGGGUCAAAUUUGCUGAGGAUAAGCUUUUGCCAUCUAUAAAGAAAGCCUUCACAUCAAGCCAAGACAAAGAAGAGGGCAGAGAAGAAGCCUUGAAGAAUUGGAAGCAUUUGGAAGAAGAGUUAAAGGAAAAGAGGUUCUUUGGAGGGGAAGCCAUUGGGCUUGUGGAUAUUGUAGUUGGAUGGCUUGCAUAUUCACUCAAUGUAAUGGAGGAAAUGGUUGGACAUGAUGGACCUCAAUUGAUGAUAACACCAGAAAAGUUUCCCCUUUUGUUCAAAUGGAAAGAGGAAUUUUUUGCACAUUCAAUCAUCAAAGAAAAUUCACCUUCUAUUGAGCGAUUUCGUCGUCGGUUCGAUGAAUUUGAAGCAUUGAAUCAAACUCGACAUCAAGUGUCAUAUCAAAUGGAAUUCCCAACACAUCAAACACAAUACCAAGUACAGUAUCAAACAAGAUCUCAAACACAAGAUCAAAUUCAAUACCGAGUACAACCAUAUCAAAUGCAAGACCAAGUACUAUAUCAAAAGCCGAAUUUCAAGCAUGGCAUCAAACUCAACACUAAGCACCGCAUCAAACUUAAUACAAAGCACCAUAUCAAACAGAGUCCCAAUCCAAACACUGUAUCAAAAUGAGUAUUGAGUAAAAGAAAUGGGAAAAAAAGAAUGAUACGAUUUAUAUUUUUCAAUACAUUAUGUUUUGAAGAAUACUUGUUGGUUGUCCUAAACCACCAAGUGUUAACAACCAUGUGAGAGGAAAAGCAAUAGUAAUUGCCAUGGGAAGAUUUAGGUGGGAUGCACUAAUAAGAAUUAAGGAUUUUAAAGUACUCA